UCGAAGGCCCGCACAGAGUAGUACCGGAUCGGCCUAUCCGCCAUGAGAUCAUCCUCGAGGACAGGGUCGUACCUCCGCGCGGUUGCAUCUACCGAAUGAGCGAGGAAGAGUUAAGUGUGCUUCGGGCACAACUCGACGACCUUCUAGAGAAAGGCUGGAUUCGGCCUAGCUCAUCGCCAUACAGUGCUCCUAUUCUCUUCGUCCGAAAGAAGAACAAGGACCUGCGGUUGUGCAUUGAUUAUCGCAAGCCCAACGCGCAGACAAUCAGGAAUGUCGGCCCUCUCCCACGCAUCGACGAUCUUCUCGAGCGACUGGGCGGCGCCAAGUUUUUCUCCAAGCUGAACCUCAAGUCAGGGUACCACCAACUCGAGAUUCGCAAGGAGGACCGUUACAAGACCGCGUUUAAGACGCGAUAUGGGCAUUUCGAAUGCCAGGUUAUGCCAUUUGGCCUUACGAAUGCCCCGGCCACUUUCCAAGCAGCUAUGACAACGGAGUUCCGACACAUGCUGGAUCAUUUCGUACUUAUCUACCUCGAUGACAUUCUGGUCUACAGCCGGAGUCUGGACGAGCAUGUGGAACACCUGCGCACCGUUUUGGAGCGGCUACGACAAGCCAAGUACAAAGCCAACCGCGACAAGUGCGAAUUUGCGCGGCAGGAGCUGGAGUACUUGGAACACUAUGUGACGCCGCAAGGCAUCCGUCCGCUUGCGGACAAGAUCGAGGCCCUACGAGUAUGGCCCGAGCCCACCAACACCACAGACGUUCGUUCAUUAAUGGGAUUGGCGGGCUACUAUCAGCGAUUCAUUACCGGAUAUUCCAGGAUUGCUGCACCUAUGACGAGGUUACAGUCGCCAAAGGUGCCAUUCGUAUUCGAUGACGACGCACGCCGGUCAUUCCAAGCACUUAAGACGACUAUGCUUAUAGCACCCGUCCUUAGCAUCUAUGACCCCACCUUGCCGACGAGAGUGACUACAGACGCUUCCGGCUAUGGCAUUGGGGCAGUCUUGGAACAGCACGACGGCGACGAUUGGCACCCUGUGGAGUAUUUCAGCCACAAAGUGUCUCCCAUCAACUCGCUUGAUGAUGCAAGGAAGAAGGAGCUACUCGCGUUCGUCAUGCCUCUCAAGCGAUGGCGGCACUUCCUCCUUGGGCGUCGUAGGUUCACAUGGGUUACGGACAACAAUCCAUUGACCUACUACAAGAUGCAGGAUACGGUGAGCAGCACGAUCGGACGAUGGAUGUACUUCAUCGACCAAUUCGACUUCACACCGAAACAUCUUCCCGGCCUCUCAAAUCGCGCAGCAGAUGCACUCUCGCGAAGACCUGGUAUUUGCGCUAUGACACAUCAUGCCUUCGCAUUCGACGAGGAGCUUCAGUGACACUUCAUCCGGGCAUACCAGUCUGAUCCGGACUUCGCCACGCUAUAUGCACAGCUAUCUUCGGAUCACCCGCCGGCCAGCCAUUACCGC